UGACUUACACGUUUUCUUCUUGUAACCUCAGGUGUACCCAGUGUUUCUUAACUUCCCCCUUUUAAAAAUGACAACGUUAAUCCUCCUCCUCCUUCGUUCAGUGCUUCACAUCCCAGCUGCUACCUUUGUGCUUUAAAUUUUGUCCUAAUUUGUAUUGGUAACAAGUACAUUUAGUUCUCAUAUUUGUAUGUUGUGUAUAUAUUUUUGGUCCUGAAGAAGAGACUGCCGAGAGCUAGUAAGACUGAAUGAAUGGGCGUCUCCACAGACGGCCAGGCUGAGUGUGAACUGGCACAGUUUGCAUGCAGUGUGGCUCUGGGUAUAAAAGCUUCUGAGAUGUUGAUGCCUCUGACCUAGUCACUCUCCUCCUACAAAUGUCUUAAGGAAAUCAUCUCAGAUGUGGGCAAAGUUUUUCUGGAAAGCGGAUGUUCUUUGUAGCCAAAUUUAUAUGAAGAUUAGAAACACUGUGAGGUCCAUCAGCUAGGGGUGGACAGCAGAGGGAACAGGGCAGCACCAGGAGGGCGCAGCAGCCACAGCAGGGGCGCCGGCAUCUGGCAGGAUCCAGGUUAAGGAUGCAGCAGAACCUUCCAGGCGAGAGAGUGGCUGGAGAACUCCAAGGCAAUUCUGUCCAUGACCGGUUUCUUGAAUUGGUAAAGUCAGAUACUAGCAGGUUUAUUGAGGAUGCCCGCAAGUAUAUUCAGGACAGAAUGAGCACAGAGCAGCUGCUACAACUGCUGACUGACGCUGAAGCCUGGGAGAGAUUUGUGACUGCUGCUGAACUGUCCAGGCCUGAGGCAGAUGAGCUCCGUGAAGCUCUGUACAAUCUUGCAAGAUACAUGGUGGUGAAGGACAAAAAUUGGCGUGAUAAAGAUCAGCAGCACAGGGAGUGGUUUUUGAAAGAGUUUCCUCAGUUGAAAAAGAGGCUUGAGGAACACAUAAGCAGGGUCCGUGUUCUUGCAGACGGGGUUCAGCAGGUCCACAGAGGCACUACCGUCGCCAGUGUGGUGGCCAGCUCUUUCGGUGCAAUGUCUUUCUUCUUGAAUCUUCUCAGCCUGGGUCUGGCACCCGUGACAGACGGACUCAGCCUUGGGUUGUCAGAAUUUGCAACGGGGCUGGGACUUGCAGCUGCUGGGACUGGGAUUAUCAGCGAUGUCGUGGAAUAUGCAAAGAAAGGGCAGGCAAUAGCCGAAAGCCGAGGUCUGAUCAAAAGCAGCAACGCUGAUAUGCUAAAGAUGGCCAAGGAGUUCAUGGGUGGGAACGCACCCAACCUUCUUUCCAUACCUAACAAUUCUUACAAACUCAUAGAAAGCAUUGGAAAGCACAUCCGUGCCAUCAGACGAGCCAGAGCCAACUUUCGAUGGGCGCCAUCUGCCCCUCCCCCCGAGGUCAUUGGGCGACCCUCAGUUCAAGUCGACGAACUGGCGGAGAGAGUUGCCGAAAGGCCGGCCCUGGCACUGAGCAGAGGAACCAAGAUUGUGGGUAUGGCCAGCGGAGUCAUCUUGCUUGUGCUGGAUGUGGUCAACCUCGCGUAUGGGACAAAGCACUUGCUUGAGGGGGCGGAGUCAGAGUUAGCUGAGGAGCUAAAUAAGCUGGCUGGGGAGCUGGAGGAGAAGCUGAACAUGCUCACCAAGUGCUAUGAGUUUCUGCAGGCGGACCCACAACAGUGACCCCAGAGCAGGCACAGGCCAGCACAAGAUGCAAACUCUUUUUCUUUUCUUUUUUUUUUUUUUUUUGAGAUGAAGUCUCACUGUGUCACCUAAGCUGGAGUGCAGUGGCGUGACCUUGGCUCACUGCAGCGUCCUUCUUGGUU